CGCUGGAUGCGCUACCCGACGAGCUUCUUGUGAACAUUUUUCGGUACUUUCGUUGGACUGAACUGAGCACCAUCCUCUCGCUGGUCAGCCGACGAUGGUAUCAGCUGAUUGGAAGCACCCCAUUGAUAAGCAGAGCCACACUCCAUUUGUCGAUUUGCAACUCGAUACGUCACGAAAAUAGCUGCAUUCCUUUGACCGUGUUGAGUGGAAGCGGUCGAAACUAUAGAAACUUCAGCUGCGAUAUGCGCACGAUGAACGGCCGGGUGGUGGAUGAUGCGAUGAGACCUAUUUUCAAAUAUUGCCUCCAAAGAUGGACUGUGAAAAACAUACGGAUCGUUGUUGACUUCGAGCAGUGGGUCCAGUUUGUACGGGAUUAUAAUGAGCUCCUGAAUGAAAUAGGGAUGGUGAACAUAGUAAUCAAAUCCAUUUCAGGAGGAUAUCUUGAAGCAGAAGACGCACAUAUCAUAUUAUCAAUGGCAAAGGUACGACAUCUGUAUUAUGAACAUUAUUUGUCUCAGGGCACGGGUGUGCGUCAAGCCUCGUAUAAGGUAACUCUAAAUACACCAAGCUUGGAAGUAUUGAAGAUCAAACGAUCCCUUGGUCGUAACAAUAUCAAUUUUGAGAUCACUCGCUGCGCCAAACUUCGAUCCCUGAGCAUUGACAGCAACUCACAAACAUGCCUUACGUCUUCUCAUGAACCAAUCGAGUUGAAAAGUAUUUCAAAAGAUCGACAACCAGACCUUAGUCGCUUGAAUCUAAGCUAUGCCAGCAUGACAACAGGCAUUCUAGGUGCCACGUUUGGGUAUCUUCAUCACAUCUGCCUGAAACAUGUGAGAAUCAUUCCCCAUGAACAUCCUAUAGAAUGCCAGAACCUCACCAAGCUGGUACUACACAAUUUAUCUAUGGACAAGCCUCUGAAACUCCGAACGCCACGGCUUCAAGCGUUGAUUUGUAACAUAUGCGCUCUUAACUGGCUACAACUGGAAGACGCCCUUCAGGCCGAUCGCAUAUCGAUCAAUGCGCAUGCAUUCCGGUCAAUUCGGAUGGUUCAUCCGGCUAGUCUCUCAUUUUUUCGAAGAAUGAAUUUGACGCUAAGUCGGUCCUGUCGCUACGACCGUGAGUGGUUCAACGUUCAUGGUUCCUAUCUUGAAGAAGUUAGGGAACUUCGCGUGAGUGAUGAAUUUCCGCAGGACCACCACGAACAUCUACAGGACGUACUUGGGCGUUUUACCGCGGUUUCCUCUCUUUCCUUGCGUCGGAUGAGAAUUCCGUCUGAUUUCAGUUAUUUGACGCCCAAUGUACAGAAAAUCCACAUCAAAGAUUGUGAAACCGAAACCAAUAGUAUCCGGUUUCCGCCCAGCGUUUGCUGUGUAGAAGUUUGCAAUAUGUGGAAGUGGAAUACUACAGCGGAAGAAGGCAUCGUUACGGAUUGCGAAAUGAUAUUGCUUCCGAAAGGUCGAUUCGGACCUCUGCGUUCAAGGAUCGCGCAUGGUCGCAAAGGCAAAGUUAUGGCACCGAGAACGAUCUGGUCUACUCAGCGGGUAACGGUUUAGAGCAGUGCCAAUUUGUAGACUCAUCAUGAUUGAAAUAAUUAUUAUGAAAAGCA